AUGGGAAUUCAAAUUCCAUCUAAUACAUACAAGGCUGUGAUUGAGGUUUAUGUUUCAUUUCAUGGGAAUGACGAGUGUUGGUACUCGAAUCCCCCGAAUUCUUAUAUAGAAAUGAACAAUUUGAAUACAAAGCAAGGCCAUGGUGCUUACCGGGAAGUAUUGGUGACCCUUGAUGAUACUGUUGUUGGAUCAGUGAUCCCAUUCCCAGUGAUUUUUACAGGCGGCAUUAAUCCUCUGUUUUGGGAGCCAAUAGUUUCAAUUGGGGCGUUUGAUUUGCCUUCCUACGAUAUUGUUUUGACCCCAUUUUUGGAGAUCUUACUUGAUGGGAAGGUGCAUGGUUUCGGGUUUAAAGUAGCUGAUGCUAUCUCGUUCUGGCUUGUUGAUGCGAAUCUGCAUUUAUGGUUGGAUGAUAAUUUGAAAGAAGUUCAGGCCAUGGCCAUUGAAUACAGUGUUCCAAGUAUUAAAUUGGAGCUUGAUUCGAAGUUCAACCAGCUUGAUGGAUCCUUUGAGAUUGAAGGGAAGAGGAAGAGUGAGUAUACCGGGUGGGUGAAUUCGAAUAUUGGAAAUUUGACUACCUUUGUUAAUCAAAAGUUGAAGUUUGAGAACACGAUAAAGUUCAACAAUAAUGGAACUCAGAAGGUCGUGAAGCAGCAAGUGAAGGUUAAAAUAGAAUUAAGAGUCGAGUCCAAUACAGGUACCUUGAUUUCGCUCACCACCAUGAAGAGAAAGUAUUCCCUGAAAAUCACUACUUCAACUUUGGCUGGAUCAGCGAAGAAUACUUAUUUGAUGAACACAAAUCUUGAGCAUUCCUUCAAAGAGGAGAAGUUGAAUGAGGAAUUUUCGAGCUCUUUGGUUAACAGUCAACAAUGCAGUGGGUGGAUGUUUGUCCGGGAUCAUGAUGUCCUCUCUGGUGCAGCAACUACUCAACAGAGUUACACUUAUGAGGAUGAUAAUAGUUGCUACUCUCGAACAGUUACAGCUGCCAAUGGGGAGCUUGGGAAUGACACAUCGAGCCUUCUCUGUUCUUCAUCCUUGUAA